UUCAUUUGCCUUUCUAAGGACUAGGCAUAGAAGAUCUUGCUUUCUCCAAGUCAGACAAUCAUCCCAAAAUCCUCAGGAAAUGGACUUCCCUGGCUGUGCUGCAGAAAGGAGAGCAAAUGGAACUGUGAUCCACCUCAGGGAGACAGAGUUCAACAGUUCCUCAAAUGUGGAUGACAGAACUUUGUUCCUUUUGCUGGAGGAAUGGUCUCUCAGCCCAUCAGGCACAAACAUGAAGAUGUUUUUAAUCUCUCCAGUUGUCUGCCUCGUGGCAGGUGUCCUCAUCAUCCCCACCAUCUUAUUUGUGAUCUUCUCUCGGUUUAAAAUCCGCCAGGAAACAAGGUACAUGCUGCUGGGAAACGCUCUGCUCUCUGAUCUGGUCUACCUGCUGUUCUACACCCUGUCAGCUGCUCUCAAUGCAGCACACCUACACCUCCCAAAGGAAGCUUGUGUCCUCCUCUUGUUUUUGCUGGCAGUGGCUUACUGUGGAGGGCUGUUCACAGCUGUUGCAAUGGUCCUGGACACGUACAUCGCUGUUUUGUUUCCUUUGCACUACAUUGCUAUUUUGCCUCCUUCACGAACUAAAAAAAUCAUUGUACUGCUGUGGAUGUGUUCCGGAGCUUUCCCUGGGAUUUUCUUCUUGUUGCUGUGGACUACCCACAGCUUUGUGCCCUGUGUCCUGGAAACUUGCUCAGUUCCAGUAAUACUAAUAUUAACUCUGAAUGGGACUGAUGCUGUGAAACUCUGCUUCUGGCUUUCUACCACAGUUAUCAUUCUCUGCCUGUCUGUAAUAUUUUGUUGCUAUGGUAUUCUGUAUUUUAAAACCAAACACUCGGGUAUAUGGGAGAGCAUCUGCUCCAGAGCCAGUGUAACAUUCUUAAUGCACAACACUGUGUUAUUUUUUUACUUCUUUCCACUCUUGGCGCUUUUCAUAGAAUCAUUCUUGUUCAUUAAUGUUGUCAUCAGGCUGCAGACAGGAAUCUUGGUCUCCCUGACAGUCUGCAAUGUCCUCACGAUUCUUCCUAAAGUUUUGUUCCCUUUUCUGUAUGGGCUUCGAUACAGAGAGAUCUCAGCCUCUCUCAAAUCCCUUGUCAGGAGGAAGCGGCUUCGCCUGGUGUCCCCUGCUCCACCCCCAUCCUGAGGCAGCACAGAGCAGCCACAGCAGAGGAGCUGUCCUCGCUCUGUUAUUGUGCAAGACUGAUGGAAACCACCCAGCUUCUGAAGCGGAGAAGUGAUCAACCUAUGGUCAGAAGGCAUGGGUUCAUCACUGCCUCCCCCAUGCCAAAAGGCCACAGCUCUUUCAUCAGGAUGCAGCUGAGAAUACAGUGAAUGCUACCCUGGAUGAAGUUCCAAGCUUUGUUCUCAUGUGAAAGGCGGGACCUUCUGGAGGAGAUGUUGAAUUAAGGUCAUUUUCACCCACCUGUUGCAGAUGCCUUUCUGGAAAAAAAGAAAAUUAAAAAUAGAUACUGCAAAGCAAAGGAGUAACCACAGGUCUCGUGACAGCAUCACCUACAGCAGAGGAUCCUUAACCAAAUGUGCUGUGAAAACAACAACCAUUUCUUUCACACAGUAUAUUCUUGCAAGCUUGGCAGCC